AGUCGCAUCUGACGAUCGUCAAUGCGCGCGCGUUUCAAUUUAACUUUUAUUGACGAUAUCUGUUGUAGAAUAUAUUUUUUUGUGAUUCAAUAAAUCAAAUUGAUCGGAUUAACUAGACAAUUUCAACUGAUUUGAAUCUUCACAGCUGGGAAUUUCGAUCGCAUUGUUGAGAGUUUUUUUAAAUACUCUGUGGAGCUAAUAAAUCUCAUUCGGCAUCACGUGUUUAUUCCUCGAACAAGUGUCAGUGAACCUGUUGGAGAAUUCCUAGAUUCAAGUGUCGAUUUUCUUUUUAUUUUUACUGAGGAUAAUUCGCAGUGCGAAGGAACUGAUAUAAAAAUGAUGCAGCGUCAGUCAAGACAAUCAUCAAUCACCGUAUCAAAUUUGUGCCGACAGUCACUAAACAAUGGCACAACGAGUUUAAGAUCACGAACAACUGGGACAAUAGUGUCAUCAGCCACAUCAAGAUCAACGUUAAGUAAUUCAACAUCAAGUUCAUCAAGUUCAACCUGUCCGCCUGUACUUUUGUCUGUGCUAGCUUGGUCAGUAACGCUACUUCUGAUCUCAUCGUGUCUUGGUAUUGCUGAUGCUGGAGUACUAAUGGGACAUCCACUUGGCAAACGUUCCUUCAUGCAGUUGCAGUGCAAGGGGAUUUACGAUAAAAGUAUCUUUGCAAGAUUGGAUCGUAUCUGCGAGGACUGUUACAACCUUUUCCGGGAGCCACAGCUUCAUACCCUGUGCAGGAAGAAUUGCUUCACGUCGGAUUACUUCAAGAGCUGUUUGGACGUUUUACUUCUGCAGGAUGAAAUGGAGCAGAUACAAAUAUGGAUUAAACAACUCCAUGGCGCUGAUCCUGGGGUUUAGGCAAGAUUGCUUUCAAACUAAAUACUUCACGAGUUGCAUCCAAGCCCUGCUGCUGGAGGACGAGAAGGAAAAGUUUCUGGA